AUGUCUGCGAUAUAUAAGCUUUCGAUACAGGGAAUUCGGUCGUUUGACUCAAAUGAACGCGAAACGAUCGAGUUUGGCAAACCUUUAACGCUCAUCGUAGGAACCAAUGGUUCAGGUAAAACCACAAUUAUCGAGUGUCUGAAGUAUGCGACAACGGGGGAUCUGCCACCAAACAGCAAAGGUGGUGCCUUCGUACACGAUCCGAAAAUUACUGGCGAAAAAGACGUGAGAGCUCAAGUAAAACUAGCCUUUACCAGCGCCAACGACGUGAAUAUGAUAGUUACUAGAAAUAUUCAGUUGUUAGUGAAAAAAACCACCAACACCUUCAAGACGCUCGAAGGCCAGCUCGUGGCUGUCAACAAAGGCGAACGCACUACACUAAGCAGCAGGGCUGCAGAACUUGAUAGUCAGGUGCCGUUGUAUAUGGGUGUUCCAAAAGCUAUUUUGGAUUACGUUGUAUUCUGCCAUCAGGAAGACAGUUUAUGGCCUCUCAGCGAACCAUCGACCCUAAAGAAAAGAUUUGACGAGAUAUUUCAGGCCAUGAAAUUCACCAAAGCGCUAGACAAUUUGAAGGUGAUUAAGAAGGACAUGUCUAUCGAUAUUAAGCUUCUCAAACAGUCCGUGGAGCACCUGAAAGUCGAUCGAGACCGAAGUCGCUCGUCUAAAAUAAACAUAUCUACUUUAGAGAAGAGAAUUGAGGAAUAUACGGCACAAGUGCGACAUGUUGACCAGGAACUCAACGAAAUAACUCAACAAUCCGAUAAACUGUUCAAAUCUAAUCAAGAAUUUCAACAAGUUUUGAGCAUGAUGGAUGGUCUCAAACAUAACAGAAACUCACUAGCAGAACAGAUUGGGCGAAUUGAAAGCACUACGGAACCACUGGACCUGCCGCGAGGAAAACUUGAGAGUUUGGUUGCAAACUUUUCAUCUGCGUUAGAAGAAAAGCAAAUUCAUGUCCAACAUCUUCAAGAUCAAAUUCAGCAAAGUGGGGAGAAGUUGGACGAUGCUCGCAAAACAUACAAUGCUCUCAUAUCAAGGCAAGGCGGCCUGAAGGCCCGUGAAGAAACAUGCGGUAUUCACAAAAACGAAUUUACAUCACUUACUGAAAAGCUGCGUAGGGAGUACGCUAUCCAAGGUGAAAAUGUAGCAUCUCGGCUUGGUACUCAUUUGGAAACCUGCACAGACAAACUGAAUGCCCUAUGUCUACAAAAUAGGAAAGAGCAAGAUGGUAUAAGGAAGGCGUUUUCAGAACUGGAAAACUCACGCAUUAAGCAAGAGCAGCAUUUGAUUUAUUCUAAAAACGACAAAGAAAAACUAUUGGGAGAGCUGGAUUCGUUAAGAUUGAAAUUAGGUGAAAUGUCUGACGCCGAGGAAGAACUGAAAAAAGAGAAAGAGACUAUAAAGGGCUACGAAGCACGGCUGAGCGGCCACGAUGGUGAGAGCGAAAUAAGCGCAAUUACAUCUCAAAUAAAAGAAAAAAAUGCCAAAGUCUUAAUUUUGGAAGAUGAUCUGGAGAAAAAUCAUCGAGAAUUGCUCAAAGUCAAUGAACAAGCAGACUUAAAUGCCAAGUAUACUUUGCUCAGAAAAACGCUAGACAAAAAAACAGGCGAACUAGAAAAGUCUUACUCAUACCUGUCUAACGAUGAAAAAGCCAAGCUUUGGAAACUAAUUGCAAACUCGGAUCUCGAGUUAGAAUUCAAAAGGCUGUACGUAAACUUGCAAAAAGAAUUAGCAGGUAUAACUAGAGAGCACAAUAACAUCUCAAAGAGCAUGGCCGAGAAGGUGUUCAUACAAGAAAAGUCAAAUGCUGAACUUGAACAAAAUGAAAAGAAGCUGAUUAGUCUUCAAUCAAAAAUCAAGAAUGGGCUGCCGGAGGACAGCUCAGUGGAUGAUUAUGCUGAACUUCUGCAGGAGGCUGAGGAAUCUUACAGAGUGGCUGUCGAGAACUUGAAGAUGUACAAAACAACUCUAGAAUUUAACCUCAAGGCACUUGAAGUGGCGAAGAGCAACAACUGCUGCUAUUUGUGCCAAAGAAAGUUUCAUGAUGGAGAAGAACAAAGCUACUUGCUAGAAGAACUACAGUCUAGGACUAAUACGCAGUAUGAAGAAACUUUGAAAGACGUUUUGCAGGAAGAAAAAGAGUACUUAGGCUCUCUGCGUAAACUUGAAAGUGAUUUUAUAAUGAUGAAGUCAUUAGCUGAUUCAAAGCAGGUUCUGGAGAGGCAAAUUAACGACGUCUUCAUCAACAUUAAUACGGAGACCGUAACAAUGAAAGCUAGCGAAGUUCGCCUGGAAACGGUAAAGGCUGAACUUGAUCAUGUUGAAAACGUCAUCCGCCCACUUGUGGAAGGUAUAUGUCGACUCAGAAAGGAAGUUAAAUCACUUGAUAAAGAGUUUCAAGAUGUAUCAGAUGAGAUUAGUGUGACAAAUGGUUUGGGCGAUAGUUUCAAAACUGCAGAAGAGCUACAAACAAUUCAAAAGCAGCUGAGCAAUUCACUCAGAGAAUGGAGACGGGAACUUGGGGAACUGCAAGAAAAGAAAGAAACAAAGUCAAAAGAACUCACCAACUUGUUGGGCCUUAUACGAGAGAAAAAAUACAAGAUUUACGAAUUUGAAAAGCAGUUGAAUGAAAAAGAGCACGUAGCCUCUUCUAUCCGUGAGCAUGAAGAUUCAAUCGAUCAAGUUGAGUCGAUUAUUGCCUCUGUAUCGUUCUCUUUAGAAAAGCUUUCAAACGAGAUUGACGCUUUGAAAAGAGAUUUAUCCUCCAGAGAGGACCAGGCUACGUCGCUUGAAAUGUCAGAAAAGAGGAAGUUAGAUGCGUUAAGAGAUAAGCGCGAGUCACUUAUGAGACUGUUAACAGAUAUUCAAGAGUUUGAAACGAUAUACGCCUCUCAGUUGAAGGACUCUGAAAAGGACAUCAGUUUGUGUAAUGAGCAAAUCACCAUUCUUGUUGAAGAAACGGCUUCACUCAAUAAGGACUUAAUUCUUCAAAAGCAAAAGAUCAAUGAUUCUUCUAACGAACUAAAGAAUCUUAAGCUUAACAUUGACAUGAUAGACUUGAGGUCAGAACUCGAAAAGGUUGAAACAGAAUUAAAAAUUCUCAAUAUUCAGAAUGCUGAGGCUCAAAGAGAUAAAUAUCAGCAAGAAUCUGCUCGUCUCAGAAGUCUUUUUGAAAAGUUAUCAUCCGAUAAUGCAGGGAGGAUGGGUGAAAUUAAACAGCUUCAAAAUCAAGUUCAGUCACUAGUCGCGCAGCUCAAGAGUGACUACGACGAUGUGGACAAUAUCUACCAAAAGGAAUGGGUCAAACUGCAGACUAAGACGAUUGUUACCGAUGAUAUUGAAAUAUACUCUAAAGCUCUUGACAGCGCUAUCAUGAAGUAUCACUCUCUCAAAAUGCAAGAUAUCAAUAGAAUCAUUGACGAGCUCUGGAAACGGACGUAUAGCGGAACUGACGUGGAUACCAUAAAGAUUAAGUCUGACGAAGUAAGUACUACAACAAGGGGAAAGUCUUACAACUACAGAGUAGUCAUGUAUAAACAGGAUGCAGAGUUGGAUAUGCGUGGAAGAUGUUCAGCUGGCCAGAAAGUUUUGGCUUCAAUCAUGAUAAGGCUUGCUCUUUCAGAGACGUUUGGAGUCAAUUGCGGUGUUAUUGCGCUAGACGAGCCAACAACGAAUUUGGAUGAAGAAAACAUUGAAAGCUUAGCAAGAUCCCUCAACAAUAUUAUAGAGUUCCGGAGGCAUCAGAAGAACUUUCAAUUGAUCGUUAUUACCCAUGACGAAAAGUUUCUACGGUAUAUGAAUGCUGCUGAGUUUGCAGAUCAUUUUUACAAGGUCAAAAGGGAUGAUCGGCAAAAAUCUCAAAUUGAAUGGGUAAAUAUAAAUAAGGUGAUUAGUUAA